AAAUGACAUGACAAUUUCCUAUAGUACUAUGUCCUAAGCUCAGGGAAGGCAGAGCUGACAUAGGCAAACUGACUUUCUCUGAUGGUAGAACCCCAGAUACCAAUGUACUAGCAUCCCAUUGGCUGGUAGUUAUUUAGUUUCUCUUUCUCAGUUUCAACCCUCAAAAUCUUAACUUUCAUUUCUCUUCUUGCUCGGCAGAGAUCAGACUUAGGGAACAAAUCCUUAAGAAACGGUGGCCUCCAUUUGCUCCCCUCCACAGAUUCAAGAUCUCUUGGUUGCUCUCUGCAGGCCUGAGAGCAAAUCUAGAGAGCAGAAUUUGGAAGAAUUGAGAAGAAAACGCUCUUCAUUCUGGGCAUUCAUUGAUCUCUUCACGGUACAGUGCUGAGUUUCUCUUUCUCACUUGUCCCCUGGCUCAUCAUCCCAGUCACUCAGGUACCUGAGCAGAAGUGUCAAGAGUACAGACAGACAGACUCAGCAUCACAGCAACAAUGGCCUCAUCAGUCCUGGGGAUGAUCAAGGAGGAGGUGACCUGUCCUAUCUGCCUAGAGCUUCUGAAAGAACCUGUGAGUGCCGAUUGUGACCACAUCUUCUGCCGAGCCUGCAUCACUGUGAACUAUGAAUCCAGCAAAGGCAAAGAAGGGGAAGGCAUCUGCCCUGUGUGCCGAGUGAGUUACCUGUUUGGGAAUCUGAGGCCUAAUUGGCAAAUGGCUAACAUAGUGGAGAGGCUCAAGGGGUUCAAGUCCAGCCCAGAGGAGGAGCAGAAGGUGGAUGUCUGUGCACAACAUGGAGAGAAACUCCAGCUCUUCUGUGAGAAGGACAUGGUGGCCAUCUGCUGGCUUUGUGAGAGAUCUCAGGAGCACCGUGGUCACCAAACAGCUCUCAUUGAAGAGGUGGCCCAUGAGUACAAGGGAAUGCUCCAGGCUGCCAUGGAGACGCAGAUGGCUAAUGAGAAAAGAUGUGACCAGUGGGAAGAUGACCUUCAAAAGGAGAGAACUUCCUGGGAGAACCAAAUACAGAGUGAGGCAAAAAACAUUCAGAAGGAGUUUAAAGGACUGCGGGAAUUCCUGGACUCCAAGGAGAGGAAUGAGCUGCAGAAGCUGAUGAAAGAGAGGGAAGACAUUCUUAACACCCUGGAAAAUUUGGAAACUGAGCUGGAGAAGCAGAGGGAGUCAGUGACAGACCUCAUCUCAGAUCUGGAGCAUCAGCUGGACUGCUCAGCCAUAGAGAUGCUGCAGGUUAGACACCUGGAAGUUAUUUCGCUCCCUCUGUGCUGCUGUGAUCUCCCUGGGGAGGACAGUAGGUCUCCCUGAACCCUCCCUGAAAUCUUUCCUGAAUCAUCCUCAGAGGCUGGGGAAUCAUUGCAAGCAUUGCAAGAGGAAAUUGCAUGUUUUAGUUUAUCAAGUACAGUACAGUAGCAGAACCAUGUAGAGAAAAUCUGUUGCAUCGUGGCUAGUUACUCCCCUGCUGUAAUGCGAGCAUGCGUGAAGCAUAUCCAACAAUCAUUAGUCACUUUAUCUGAAUUUGAAAUGAUUGGAAAUGGUUUCUCUCCUUGGAUGUUUGAAGCCUUUCACCUCACUGCCCUGAUUCAGUGGUCUGGUCAGUGGGAGGGGAGCUGCAUUCCAAGACCUCAGGGAGUUUUCCUUCCUCUGUCUUGAGUAUCCGAGAUGAAGGGUGUCUUCUUUAUCCUAACAGGUAUAAAGUUUGUAUUGUAUUUUACUCUAUCACACUUUUGAAUCAUUUAAAACAAAGGCAUAUUCUGGUGAUGAAGACCUCUGUAAGAAUUUGGUCCUUUUGUCUCAACUGUCAAUCUGGUAGCUCUAGAAAUUUUUCAUGCUCCUUUAAUUUCUUUGGUUUCCAUGGUGUUGAUUUAACUAUUAUCGAGGACACUCAUUUAUCAUCUUUACUAAAUGGAAUUAGACAUAUUUGGCUAAACUAAGUUAGUUCACAUAGGUAGUAACUACAGCCACCAUACUCCUGAUGCCUGAAAUUGUAUCUCUUGAUCAAAGAAUCUGCCUAACAUUCUCUGCCUCCAGCCCCUAAUGACCCAAAAAAUAAUCAUUACUCUUGUGGAAUCAGUUUUGGACAUGACACUUAUUUAAAUACAAUCACUUAGUGUUGUUUUUGUUUUUUUUCUUUUACCCAGCUGGUUUAGUAUAACAUAAAUGCUCUGAGUGCAGCCAAGUUACCACAAAUGACAAUACUUGCUUUGAAUGUCUAAUAUUUUAACCUACAUGUUUAUCAUAUCGUGUUUUUCCAUUCCUCUGGUGAUUAGUUCUCCAGUGGACUCUAUUUUAUCUACUAUGAUA